AUGCCACUACGGGAUCAGAAGAUGCUUGCGGUAUUUCAGAGGUUGGCACUGCCUAUAUUCUCAGGGGCGAUUGGAGAGGACGCUCACGAAUUCCAGCUCACUUGCCAGGAGCAGUUACAGUCAUUAAGUCUUUUAGAGUCGAGAGGAGCUGACUUUACCGCUCAUCAUUUUGGUGGGCCAGCCAGGCAGUGGUGGCGCACGUAUCGAGAGUCUAGGCCAGCUGGAUCUCCUCAUAUAUCUUGGAGUGAGUUCUCAGAGGCUUUCUUGGCCCGGUUCAUGCCACGGAGCGUCAAAGAUAGGCUUCGUGAUCAGUUCUCUAGAUUAGAGCAGGGAUCUAUGACCGUUUCAGAGUAUGAGGCGAGGUUCCAUGAGUUGUCUCGCCAUGCUACUAUGAUCCUGCCCACAGAGGGAGAGAGAGUUCGUUGUUUUGUACGUGGGUUGCGAUAUCGUUUGAGGGUUGACACAGAGCAUAUGGUUUCAGCUGGCCGUUCUUUUCUUGAUGUGGUCGAUCAUGCCCGAUCCAUGGAGCAUAUUCAUCGUGAGGCCCAAGGGGGUAGCGAUAAGAGGGCACGCUACCAGGGCAGCUAUAGCGAGUCGCAGACUAGGGGGAGAGACUCAUAUGAUAGGGCCCGUCAGAGGUUCCAGCACGUUCAGAACAGUUGGCCUGUUCAGGCGGCAUUACCUGUUUCUGAGGGAGGCCAAUAUCAGCAGAGUGGUCCUAGUACAGGCCAGAAUUCGAGGGGAUCAGAUUCCUUUCCUUCAUGCCGCGGUCGGAGAAUGCCCCCGGCGAGGUCGGGGGCGAUUGUACCAGCUCCACCUACAUCUAGACCAGUUUCAGCCGUGUCUUCUUCGGCUAGAGGAGGUGGUCAGGUUCAGGACCGUCGAGAGAGUCGACAGGGUACCAGGGGUGGCGCUUGGGGAGGCAGGUCAGGUGGUAGAUCGGGUGCACCAGGUAGAGGUGCUCAGGGCCAUUUCUACGUAGCCCCGGCAAGGGCGGCGGCUGAGGCAUCUGACGAUGUCAUCUCAGGUACUCUCUUCUUAUGCCAUCAGCCUGCUACAAUAUUAUUUGAUCCAGGGUCCACAUUCUCGUAUGUAUCUAUUUAUUUUGCUCCCCGAUUGGGUAUGAGGUCCGAGUCUUUGGCAGAGCCGGUUCAUGUUUUGACCCCGGUAGGUGAGUUCUUAGUAGUGGAUCAAGUAUUGCGAUCUUGCUUAGUGACUAUCCAGGGUUAUGAUACUAGAGCUGAUCUUAUUAUGCUAGAUAUGAUUGAUUUUGAUGUGAUUUUGGGUAUGGACUGGUUAUCCCCAUAUCAUGUGGUCUUGGAUUGCUAUGCCAAGACUGUUACCUUAUCCAUGCCUGGUGUUCCCCCGGUAUUGUGGCAGACUGCUUAUAGUCAUACACCGACGGGGAUAAUCUCUUUUGUUCGGGCUAGGCGGUUGGUUGCUUCUGGGUGUUUAGCUUAUUUGGCCCACAUCAGAGAUGUGAGUAGGGAGGGCCCUUCAGUUGACUCAGUUCCUGUGGUUAGAGAGUAUGCAGAUGUGUUACCUACAGAACUACCUGGCCUAUCCCCAGUGUGUGACAUUGAUUUUGCUAUAGUUUUAGAGCCUGGCACCCGUUCUAUUUCUAUUCCGCCUUAUCGGAUGGCUCUUGCAGAGCUCAGAGAGCUCAGCGUUCAGUUAAAGGACCUCUUAGGAAAGGGGUUCAUUCGUCCGAGGUGCCACCGUAUUUUUAAGAUUGAUUUGAGGUCCGGGUACCAUCAGCUGAGGAUUAGAGAAGCAGACAUCCCUAAGACCGCAUUUAGGACUCGUUACGGCCAUUAUGAGUUCCUUGUGAUGUCUUUUGGGUUAACUAAUGCCCCAGCCGCCUUUAUGGACUUGAUGACUCGUGUGUUCAGGCCAUACCUUGAUUCAUUUGUUAUCAUCUUCAUUUAUGACAUAUUGGUAUACUCGCGGAGCCGGAGUGAGCAUGAGCAGCAUUUGAGGAUAGUGCUCCAGACUUUGAGAGAUCAGCAGCUUUAUAACAAGUUCUCAAAGUGCGAGUUUUGGCUUGCAUCUGUAGCAUUCUUAGGGCACGUGGUGUCCAAGGAGGGUAUUAGGGUAGAUUCGACGAAGAUUGAAGCUAUUCGUGAUUGGGACAGACCCACUUCUGUUACUGAGGUUCGUAGCUUUGUCGGGUUAGCGAGUUACUACAGGCGUUUUGUUGAGGGCUUUUCUACUAUUGCAGCUCCUUUGACUCGGUUGACUCGCCAGGAUAUUCCCUUUGUGUGGUCGGAGGAGUGUGAGAUGAGCUUUCUGAAGCUCAAGGAGUUGCUUACUAGCGCUCCUAUAUUGACUCUUCCGAUUGAGGGCGAGAGUUUCACGAUUUAUUGUGACGCGUCUGGUGUUGGUGUGGGUUGUGUAUUGAUGCAGCAGGGUCGGGUUAUUGCGUAUGCGUCGAGGCAGCUUAAGGUCCUUGAGCGCAACUACCCCACCCAUGACUUGGAGUUGGCAGCGGUAGUUUUCGCGCUUAAGAUUUGGAGGCACUACUUGUAUAGAGUUCGAUGUGAGAUCUAUACUGACCACAAGAGUCUUCAGUACAUCAUGAGCCAGAGGGACCUUAAUUCGAGGCAGCGUCGUUGGAUUGAGCUCCUGAAGGAUUAUGAUCUCUCCAUUCUCUAUCAUCCGGGCAAGGCGAACGUGGUAGCAGACGCCUUGAGCUGA